GGGAAGCUACAAUGAAAUAAACCAAAUGUUUAGGAUAGCAAGGGUACAUUGACACCAUGGCCCACCAGGAGUCUUCCUGCUAUACUGGUGGGUCAGUCCAACAUUGGAUAUCAGUCUUCGAGUUAAUGUCAGAAGCAAUCACACCAUCACCCUCAGGUAUCUUAUAAUUCAUUAUGUUCACAUGGCUCCUCCCCUUCUGUCCAUAUAAAGAGAGCACAGGGAAAUCUCAGACGUCCCACAACACUAACUAAGAACCAUAAAAGUGCUGGGACUGACUGAGAAGUAAGAAAGCAGAAGUGCACAAACAAACCCAAUCUAUUCUCCGAGAAGAAGCUCCAGGAAAUCAGCAGAAGAUGUUUCCUCUCAGCCUCCUACAGACCUCACACUCCUCUUUGUGUCCCUGCAGCCAGCCUACACUUCCACUCUUCCACCAGCUGGAAGGUGACAAUCUAAGCAUGAGGAAUGACAUGGAGAGAAGAAUGCAGUGUGUGAAUGAGGCUUGUCAGCUCUUCUUUCAGGACAUGGAUAUGAGAAGAAUAACAGGCCAGAGCCAACAGCCCAAAGCCCCAGAAACUGAGGGGACCUCUUCCAACUCAGGUAAAGAUGGGAAGGAUCACUUUGAGCUGACACUGGAUGUGAGUGACUUUUCUCCUCAUGAACUAAUGGUGAAAACGCAGGGCAGGAGAGUGAUUGUGACAGGAAAACAUGAGAGGAAAAAUGACACUGAGGGUGGGAGCUGCUUCCAUGAAUACAGAGAGUGGAAGAGAAGUGCUGAUCUGCCAGAAGGUGUGAAUCCUGAGAAAAUUGUUUGCUCUUUAUCCAAGGACGGGCACCUGCAUAUUAAAGCUCCCUGGCUGACACUGACACCUGCCCGACAGAUAUCCAUUCCUAUUAGCAUGGCACCAAGAGCUGGGCCGGAAAUCCCACCCAAUGCACAGAAUAUAAAUGUAAAUGGACUUCAUUCUUCUUGAUAAGAUCACAACUUUUUGACAAAAUUUGCUUAAAUAAUUUCCUUUAUAUUAUAUAUAAUUGUUUGUACAAUGAUAGUGUGUAAAACAUGUCAGAUUUUAGUGGUAUAACAUUAAUACUACUUUUCCCUUAACAAAUGUAGUUAUAUUUUGGACUUUUUAACCGCUUUUCCUAUUUAAAUUAUAAUUCCGUAUUCCUUUAAAAUAUGCAUACCUUUAAAAAUGCCUUUAUUAGAAACUUAGGCACAUUGAAACAAUACUUUUGACAUACUAAGUCCUUAAUCAAGCCGUUGGUAGUGUUAUGGUUAAAAUUGUAUAGUAGGCAUGACUCAGUAUAGACAGAGUUCAUCCGCAGAUUCAUGCCCCCUUCAGUAGUCAGUACUGUUCUGUGGGGCCUUAUUGAGAGGUGUUUAAGGUUUCUGCCAACCUGCGUACGGUUCCGACGCUACAGUUUUUUCUGUUUCUUGUAUAUCUAUAUCAGUUGUGUGAAAGGGUAUAUAACCCCCACCAUGUGUGUUUGUUCUGUAUUCUGACUCUUUGGAAUACAAAAUCUAUGCAGCUUGUGUCAAUAAACGUUUGUGUUCUA